AGACACGUCAGUCACGGAUCAUCGUAAUGGGCGUACAUCCUUACACAUGGAACUGUUGUCGUCAAAGGCUAAACGCGAGCAGACAUUACGCAACAUUCUCACUGCAAGAAGACGACAGAUUUUGAAUCAACGUUUGCAUGAGCCUCACCGGAUUCUUUCUAGUCGUAGGCCACGACCUGGCGACAUCAUUUCGAAGGACCCUCAGGACGUUCUGGAAACCCAAGAGACUAGAAAUGGCAUUUACGUCACAAACGCUCGAACAGAGAUAUCGAUGAAAGAGGAAAUUCCACAAUCAUCAAGGAAGCCGAUUGAAAAAAUCGUUUCCGUGAUCAGUCUGAACGCGACGGGAGGAGAGUUGGAAUCGCGAAUCACGAAAACAUCUAAAAACGAAUCUCUAUCGCCGACGACCGAGAAGAACGAAAACAUCUCUUCGACACCUUCUUCGAUCGCUUCAACGCCAGCUAUCAAUCAAAAAUUGGGAGACGCAGAAGUGCGCAAGAAGAACACCGUAUCAAUGCCAGAGUCAUUGUACAAUCACUUCCGACCAGUGGAGAGUAAUAUUCCGGUGGAAGAUAUGUCGCAAUUUCUUUAUUUCGGCCAGAAGCUCCAGCCGGAUGCGCUGAACAUCACCAGCAGCAGUAAUAACUCCGUAGAGACGACAUCGACGAACCCGACUUCCUCACGCAGAAGAUAUUCCACAAAGAGAGUCACCGCGACGAUCGCGACGUCGAUGGAGGAGAUUAUGAACGAGGAGAUGAAUAUUGCGUUGGAAACGUUAGAACGCCGAACGGUUGAGAAGAAUCAAGUAUCGAGGAUUAAGAAUACGUUCAGAAGCUCAGGUAACGGGUUAUAUUAUCGGAAGCCAAGGCCCACCGCGGACGUUGUGUCCAAUAUUAUUCCCGGGAACGAGUCGAGCCCUGGUAUCGUCGGUGGCUCGGAAAUAAAGAGCGAGAUGAAUACGGUGGACAAAUUCCACCGCAGCGACUCGUCCGCUUAUGCAGACGGAAGCCGCGAUCGAGUCCCGCUAGAGAGAAAAAACGCGGCCCAUGUUAGCGAGGUGAACACGACGACCCAGAUACCGCGGCAAUUCGAUGUUGAGGCGAGGAUCAUCGUGGAGAGUGAAAUCGAUGCGAAACUCUCGAACGAAACGGCUCCGAAUGGGACCGCCGAAAGCUUUCAGAGGAUCAAUGAUUUUGGGAAGGAUAGCGAAAAGAAGAAAGUCACCGAGGCGGAGACGGAAGCAGGGAACGCGGAGAAAUCGGAGCACAAGUUAACGGGUGUUGAGAGGACAAUAUCAACAUCGCAGAGAGAGAGUGAGAAGUCUCGAGAGAGCGACAGCACCGAAACGACGUCGUUGGUACCAUCGCGGGCGGAAUCGUCGACUCUGCGAAUCGUCGUGCCGGACAACAGCUUCGGGCUGUCGAGUUUCGAGAGCGAGCGGAGCCAUCGGAAUACCGUUAAGCAGCAACCGGUCGUGGAUCCCAUCGCGGAUCGACCGGUUCGCGUGUCGGCCGGCGGCGACGUCGUCUCGAAAUCAUCGCCAUCAUUGACAUCGCCCUCGAAGACGGAGUCGUCCGCACCUGUCGUCGUCGUCGACUCGGAUCAACAGCCGCAGGAGCAGCAGCAGCAGCAUCCACAGCAACACGUGUACGCUUAUACGAUAACGAACGUGACGCGAUUGUUGCGCAACUACACCGGACCCGGAUUAAGCGGCGAGGAAAGACGGGGAGGAGGUAGUGCUGCUAGUAGCGGUGCUGAGAUAACGAGCGGUGGAUCGUCGCAGCAGCGACCGCAGCAGCAGCAACCACCGCCGCCGCCGCCGUCUUCUCCUCUUCUGCUUCCUCGUGCCAGUGAUGGCGGUAUAGAACCGGCACGAACGCCGACAGGACUCAGUGCUGGCGCGACCGUCGAGCCAGCCGCAGCUGCUGGUGUGUUGCCCGGUGUAGUUGACAGUCUGGUGGGGGAACGAUCGAGGAAAGCUGUUUCGCAACAACAACGAGGUGCAGCCGGCCAGCGAGCGGCAGUUACUUGGUCCUCGUUGCAUUCAGCCACGAAUAACGAUAGCGUUGUCUCGUCGACAUCCAGAUCCACCAAAUUGCCGGAGAUCGCAAACAGAGGUACGGUUAGAUGGAACCACACUAAGUUGCGAACCAGCGAGCAGGAGGGUGCUAAUGAUCGGAGAUUCUUAAGGAAGAGCGCCAGCGCAGUGUUAAAUCAAAGAUCAACUAUAAGCGAAGAAUCUUCGACUCUGGUGACAAGCAAGCGUCACAGAGUGUUGGCCUCUUCGAACGGGGUGUCUCCUUCGAUACCAGGUACCAGGAGACUGAAGUCCAGUGAGGAGAAGAUCGAUAGUGCUAAGGAUAAAUUAAUGGUGAACGAUCGAUCGUCGAACGGGACACAAGUUGCGAAUCGCAGGAAAAUUUCGGACGAUGAAGUGCCAGGUGUUGAUUCUCUUCGGGAAGUUACGCGUGCCAGCGGGGUAAACGAAGUGCCGAGUGACAAUAGUUUUCAAGAAACCACCGUCAUGGGGAUCUUAAAUCGAAAUUCGAGUGCAACCGACGAGACAUUAGACGCGACCGAUUCGUCUGUUCUCGUCGACGCGAUCACGACGAUGGAGCUGGAAAAGUCUCACGUUCUUGAGGAAGAUAUCGUUACUACCAAGUCAAGUUUAAAUGAAAGCGAUAUCAGGAACAACGAUCAGAAAGACGAUCAGGAUAUCGCGAUGCUGAACAAGACCGAGAGCAACGUGAACGCAACGAUAGACGGGAUCGGCGAGACGACCGUGACAGUGAUCGAGCAAGUGGAUGAAGUCGCGAUUACAACGACGACGACAACAACGACGACGACGACAACGACGACGAUGUCGACAGUGCCGGCCGCUCCGGUUUUCCCGGUCACGCCUAGAAUACUGUCGGAAUUGGAGAGGACCACUACCGAUCCGGAGACUAACACCUUGAGAUUGACGGACGCCGCGAAGGAAAACAAUCUGGACCCUUCGGAGAUUCAGAAGAGGUACCGAGCAAAAGAUGCAACGACGUCAUCAACAACGACAAUCACAACGGUUUCGCCAAUUCAGAAUGACGUCCAUGUAAAGACUUCGAGCAGAAGGUCGAAGGUCCUACCUACCUCGUCGCCGCCCACGAUAACGAAGAAUGGGAAACGCGUGUCUGGCGAGAGAUCGCCGGAAGUCAGGGCACGUAAUUUAUCAGACAAGUCAAAAGACAAGGACGACGUGCUACCGAUCAUGCAUCUGUAUAACACGUCGGAUAUCUUCAACAGCAGCGGGUCGAUGGACGGGUUCGCUCGAGAUACGGAACAUGUGAUGCUUCCGGUGGAUUCCGAGUCACAGAACGAUCCCGCAUUGACGACGAUGAUCAUGGGAACGAUGACGACGUCGUCGACGACAACGAAGAAGAAUCUCGAGUUAGCGACGACUGUCGAUAACGCGACGGAAAUUAGUGGAAGUACAUCGACCACCGUUCCCGUUCCCAAGUCUAAGGAACCCACCGUUUUAACAAACUCACGAAAGGACAAACACGAGGAGAAUCGUGAAUCUCAGGAAUCUGCUGUUCCUCCAAGGUCUAAAGGUUCCUCUUUCGUAAACACAACCAACAGGACGAGGUACAGACCUGCCUAUCAUCAUUCGAUUCUGCCGGAAUACAACGGCACGAUGUAUCAUCCCAACGGGCUCAACAGGACGUUCUUCGAGACCGGAGAACCGAUCUCGGUGAGCCCGCGGGAAUCGAUGAACAUCAGUGAGGUGAUAUUGAAGCAGCACGACGGCGACGUGAUCGCUCAGGAGACGGUUGCUGUGGUCGGCUACAUCCUGGCCACUCUUGUCGUCUUUCCCAUCGCCGUCGGCGUCGGGCUCAUUCUCAGAAGACUGAUACUUAGGAAUCGUAAGGUGCUCGAGGAGUCGGACACGUCAUCGGAGAUAAGCUGCAGGAAGGACGCUCUUAAUCUCGAAAACGGCGACUUUAAGACGUCCAUCGAGAAGGCGAUCACGAAACUACCGAGGAUACAGCACUUGUGUCACGAAGCUGAGAAACCGCCGCCUCCGCCAUCUCAAGAAUCCAGAUGGGAGUUUCCUAGAGAUAAGCUUAGAUUACAGACAGUCCUCGGGCAAGGAAACUUCGGCCAGGUGUGGAAGGCCGAAGCUGACGAUUUGACAGGUCAUCAAGGCACGACUCGAUUAGUAGCAGUGAAAACCAUCAAAGAAGGCGCUUCUGAUCGAGAAAAGGAAGACUUAGAUCGAGAACUCGAAAUUAUGAAGCAAUUAGGCAAUCAUCCAAAUGUCGUAACACUUUUAGGUUGCUGCACUGAAGAAGAGCCUCAUUAUCUCAUACUGGAAUACGUCAUGUACGGCAAACUGCUUGCGUAUCUGCGCGAUCACCGUACCAGGCAGUACUUUUACAACUUCAGCGAGGAUUCAGCAGCCUUAACAUCCAGGGAUCUCACGGUUUUCGGUUAUUGCGUGGCCAGAGGCAUGGAAUAUCUUGCAUCAAAAAAGAUCAUCCACCGAGAUCUCGCCGCCAGAAACGUUCUCGUGGAUCACAACAAGCUGUGCAAAAUCGCUGACUUCGGCAUGUCGAGGUUUGCCAAUGAAGACGGUGAGGUGAUCGAGACCAGACACGGUAGAAACGCCUUACCUAUCCGAUGGAUGGCCCCCGAAUCGUUGAUCUACUCCCUGUUUACGACGAAGACCGACGUCUGGAGCUUUGGGAUUCUGAUGUGGGAGAUCGUCACUUUAGGUUCAACACCGUACCCGGAUAUGACGGCGCGGGAAGUCAUGCGGAACGUGCACAACGGUUAUCGGCUGGAGAGGCCUUCGCACUGUCGAAGCGAGCUCUUCAGGGUGAUAUCCCGAUGUUGGCACGCCGAUCCCGACCGCAGGCCGGAGUUCCAGAUCCUACGCAGGGAUCUCGCCCAACUGCUAGAGGACAACAUGAACGGGCACUACGUGGACCUCGAGAGCUUCGCUUCCGAGUGCGCCGACUGAGAGAGACCGCCGGAAGAAAUCUCAGGCUCAUCGCACUGGGAAAUUGAUCCUGUGGAGAGGCUUACUUUUGGCACGCAUUAGUGAGCAGGGAGAUUUUUCUGAUGUAUCUCGAUCUUUAAAAGCGACUUUCCCUCGCGGGAAGAAAAUAUAAUUGAGAUUACCUUAGAGAGAUCGAAUACGAGGUUCUAGGACGUUCUUAUUGCUUUUGACCUCUGAAAUUCGUAGGAAUUUUGUAUGAAACAUAUUCUGUCUUUUGAGCAAAAUACGCUGGAAAAUGGAAUCGCCAAUUGUUCUACUUAGAACAACGGAAAAUUAUCAAGUUGUGCAUGGAAAUAACGAUUUUGCUGAGGACUUUAAAAAUUAAAAAAACUAAAUAUAUAUAGAUCUGUAAAUAGUUGGAGAGAUCUUUAAAAUAAUUGUAAGAAACUCAAGCAAUGUUGCAAAGAGUUUUGACAUUCCAACAAUCAGCUUGAGCGUCCUACAAUUAUUUUGAUAGUUUAAACAAAUUAUUUUUAGAUUUGUAUUUAGCUAAAUUUUGUAAUGUUUUAGCAAAAUUGUUCUUUCGAUGUACAAAAUUCCCCGACUCGCACGUAAAAAUCGCUAUCCGUCCGUAAAUUCGAAUUCGUCCAGUAUAUGUAUUUGCAUGGGUCUUAUUAUCGUUGUGCAAUAGCAGAGUAUAAUGGCAAGAUGCGAUGUUAAUUUAUUAUUACGUGAAUACGAUGUGUACUUGGCAGCAACGUUACGCUCAUUUGUAAUAAUUACGAAUGAAUUUUUUGCCAUCAUUUAAUGCUUCUACGAUUUAUUUGAGGUAUAUGUAUAAUUAAUUAUGCGAUUUUUAUCUUGCUGAAGUACGCAGAACGUAGAACACAGGAACGCUGUAACACGCGAUACUGUGAUAAAUGGCAAAAAAAUGACAUAAACGUGGUGCUGAAGCGCAAUGAAAGUUUAUAAAGUCCGCAAAAAUGCAAGUAUUCCACCUAGAAUAGAGUGUUAUUGGGUAAGUAACAUUUUUACAAUUAGAUAUACACGAUAUGUCGCUCGUAAAUCUUUCGACAUUUCGUCUCAUUAAUUUUAUUUAUAAACGAGAAUGUGUGCAUUGAGUAAUGAUUGUGCGCAAUUGAUGAUUUGAAGGCAUAUUGUAUUUUACAACACUGCUUAAAAGUUUCAAUAAAUGGCAAAAUUUGUAGAAUAAAAAAUAGAAAAAUUGUUUUCAACAUUAAACAUUUAUUAACUCAAAUAUAUUGUUUGCUCACUUUUGUCAUUUUUUUUCACCUUGUUUCAAGGAUCAUAAUAAACCCCUUGGAUACCCCUAAAUAUUUGCUCACUAGUAUCUGUGUUUUGAAUUACCUUAUUUUUUUCUGUGUUUCUUUGUGUAAAAACCAAAUUAAGAAUAUAGUACGUCAACAUUUUUUUUCUUUAAAUGUAAAAAGGACCUAAUAGAUAAAUAUUUGACAAAUAUACAUAUUGAAAAAACAGCAUUUAUUGAAUCUUUCAGAUGGUAUUGUACAUAAAUUAUUUUUUUAUUAGAAAAGUAUUCCGAUUAAUUCAUCAAAACGGACACUAUUUUUAGUAGAGAAUUCUACUUUAAUUUUUUGAUAUUCAUUUAUUACUUCGAGCGAAAGGAACCUAGCUAUAGAUGAUUGAUCGAUCAACAUCGAUCGACUAAUCAUUUCUGGGAAGGCAAUUUAUAGGAAGACUUUAGCUCUCCACCUUAAAUUUGGAUGACACAACGAGACUUGGCUCUGCGUCGCGAUUUUGUACAUACUAUGUCAUUUGCGUAAUAUAUACAUAUACAUACAUAAAAAUAUUAUAUUUACGAUAAAUAUUAUAUUUGCCGGAAAUCAAAAAGAGAUGCCCUUUCCGAACUGCAUUACUCGCCGUAAUAUUGUAACAGUAAUUCUCGCUAUUAAUCGUUGUUAGGUAUGUGCAUCUCGUGUUUCCAAUCGCGCCCGACGCGUUUAUACUUAAUCAUUCUAGUCUUUCGCGACGUGUUUUAGGGCGACGAUCAGUAUCGAUUACAUCGCACGCUAUUUCCUUUUUCCAUUCUUCACUUUUAUGAGCGUUACGAAUUCGCUCAAAAUUGCGACAGAACAUAAUAUACCGCGGUCGCUUAAAAAAAAAACCGAUUAAAGUCCCCGCUGUCAUUUGAUUAUUAUAUUAAGUAUUUUUUAUCUUGCUAUUUUUUCCUGCGACGUUGUUUCCAUUUUGAUAUGACUCGUCUCCAUUUGUCGUUAUUAUUUGAAACAUCGCUCUUGAUGAGAUAUUGCAGCGCAUUGCAGCGAAUAAAAUAAUUGCGACCAACACUGUAUGUAGACUCGAUUGUAUUAAGAACUUUUGUCAGUAAACGUUGUGAGAAAAUUCAA